CUUUCUUGAAACACUUAACCUAAAAAUACAAAGAUACUUAUUAUUUCAAAUCUGGACUAGAAAUAUUUGUGUAAAAUGGUAGAGACAGAAGAUUACGUUCCUCGAGAGUGGACAUAUAGUAUGUUAAAGGAGGAGCUGCGACGGAGCUGUCAAAAUGUCGUGAUGGCUCCUCCAUCAUACAGCGAUUUGGGCAAGCAGGCUCGCGACAUCUUCAGCAAAGGCUACAACUUUGGCCUGUGGAAGCUCGAUCUGAAGACCAAGACCUCGUCGGGCAUCGAGUUCAACACAGCCGGACACUCCAACCAGGAGUCGGGCAAGGUCUUCGGUUCCCUGGAGACCAAGUACAAGGUCAAGGACUAUGGCCUGACCCUCACUGAGAAGUGGAACACGGACAACACUCUGUUCACCGAGGUCGCUGUCCAGGAUCAGCUGCUCGAGGGUCUGAAGCUCUCCCUGGAGGGUAACUUUGCCCCCCAGUCUGGAAACAAGAGCGGCAAGUUCAAGGUGGCCUAUGGCCAUGAGAACGUCAAGGCUGAUUCCGAUGUCAACAUUGAUCUGAAGGGCCCCUUGAUCAACGCCUCUGCCGUGCUGGGCUACCAGGGAUGGUUGGCCGGCUACCAGAGCGCCUUUGACACACAGCAGUCCAAGCUGACCACCAACAACUUCGCCCUUGGCUAUGCCACCAAGGACUUUGUCUUGCACACAGCUGUCAACGAUGGCCAGGAGUUCAGCGGCUCCAUCUUCCAGCGCACUUCGGACAAGCUGGAUGUGGGUGUGCAGCUGUCGUGGGCCAGCGGCACCAGCAACACCAAGUUCGCCAUCGGCGCCAAAUAUCAGCUGGACGAUGAUGCCAGCGUGCGCGCCAAGGUGAACAACGCUAGCCAGGUUGGAUUGGGCUACCAGCAGAAGCUGCGCGAUGGCAUCACUCUGACCUUGUCCACGCUGGUCGAUGGCAAGAACUUCAAUGCCGGCGGCCACAAGAUCGGUGUUGGUCUGGAGCUGGAGGCCUAAGUCGAUGCUUUCCCGCGCCAGUCGAGGAAUCUUUGAACUUGUCUAACAUCCCCACACGCCCAACAACAACAACAGCAGAAACAGCAAUAGCAAAAGUGCAGUAACAACAAGAACAACAAAUAAAAGUGAAAAGAUAUUCUAUAAACUAAAAAACAAUCACACAGUCAAACUAUAAUGAGAAUCUUCACAUCUUAACGAGUAGACCCAGACCCUGCCGCCCGAAUUUGCAGAGAACACCGGAGACACUGCCAACAAAAUGAUGCAAGGGGAAUGGGGGUGGAUCUACCACAACGGGUCAGUCAGUCCGCAGUCCACAGUCCGUCGCCGUUGGAUGUAGCUUUGUUUAGUGCAUUGAAAAUUAGCAAAUUUUGUUGUUGGCAAAAUACUACAAAUACAUUUACCUAUUAAACAAAACUAAAGAAUCUAA